AUGAGUUUCCAACCUCUCAACCCCCGGCCCUUCCUGCAGGCUCGCGUCGGCACCGAAGUCAUCAUCCGCCUCAAAUGGGGCCAGACAGAGUACAAGGGUACGCUGGAGAGCAUCGACUCGUACAUGAACGUGCUGCUGCGCGAUACGGAGGAGUAUCUGGACGGGAAGCCCACCGGCGGUCUGGGUCUGGUGCUGAUCCGGUGUAACAACAUCCUCUGGAUGGGCUCGGCCGACAGCGUGGAGAUGACGGAACUCGGGUUAAAAUAA